CUAGUAAGUGACUGGUAGUAUUCUAGACUGGACUGGUCCCUGAGUACAGAGACUGAGUUGCAAUUAAGUGAAAAAUAGACGACAAGAUUUUGAAGAACUGCAUUGAGGUUCAAGCCAGAAUUAACAGUCAAGUGUUGUUGAACUGAGAAGUUGCUAAAGGAAGCCUGUAACAAGACUGACUGUUGCCUACUGCCUUUCUCUCUCUCUGUCAUUGUUGCCUUUUGCUGUUACAUUGCUUGUGUUGUCUUUCUCAGUCCAGAUGUUCUCCGAUAAUUCACACUGCCCUGAUUGUGGACAGCAAUGGUUCCCUAGUUUAGAACUAGGGCAUUGGUUAUACCAAACUGAACUUGUUGAAAAUGAAUGUUACCAAGUAUUCUUAGACCGUAUUAACAGGGCUGAUUACUGCCCUGAAUGUUAUCCUGACAAUCCUGCUAAUAGAAGCCUUGUUCUGCCUUGGUCUUUCCCACUUGAGUGGGCACCUCAAAAUCUCACCAGGUGGACCUUUGAGAAAGCUUGUCACCCAUUUCUUCUGGGUCCUCCACUGGUUAGAAAAAGGAUACAUGACUCCAGAGUAGCUGGUUUUAAUCCUGCAUUACAAUUAAUCUUGACCAGAACAGAUAAAACCUUAAACAAAAAACUUGGCCAGAGCAAAUGACUUCUGCAACAGAACCAUGAAGACUCCAGGGCUUUGUGUUCAUAGCCUAGGGGAGAUGAACAGUGACUUGUUUCUGUUCUUUCUCUUUUUCUUUCUUAUGUUUUUAAGGUGCUAGGGAUUGAAUCUGGGUGCCCUUGCGCAUGCUAGCUAGGCAAGUGCUCUUCCACUGAGUUUGACCCGAGGCCCUCCUUUCUAAAUCUGGCUCAGACUGUCGCUACUUUGCCAACUGCUUAACUUGUUGGGUCUGCUUCUGUGAUCUAUGCAUUUUAUUAUUUUUUUUUAGCAUAGAUUUAGCCAGUAUUACAAACUAUUUACUUAAAACCAGACUAACCUAUAAUCCAUACAAAUGCUUUAGAACUAUAUUGCCCCUCCUAAGUAUUGGUAAUGUGGGCUGGAGGGAGGCCCCAUGUUGUAUGCCCCAUUAACUUUUUCUAACAGUAACUUUUAUGAGAACACAUUCUUGUAGCUGGAUUCUAGAUUAUUAUAGUAAAUUUUAAUACACUACAUUGUUCUAAAUUUUUCCUUAUAUACUGAUCAAUAGUGAGAUGUGUAUGUAUAUACAGAAUUUUUUCAUAUAUAUAUGUAAAAUCAUCUUUGACACUUUUAUCCUCAAUUACAGUGUUGAUAAUUGGUCCUUUCACAUUCUAUUUGUCAAAUCCUACAAAAAAAAGGGUUGAGAAUGCUGCCAGUUUACACUUACUUGUCUCUCCAUAACCAAAGACUGUUCUGUCUUGUGGUGACUGAAUUUAAUGUCCUCCCAUGGAAAUGGAAAAAUAACCUGCACUAUAGAAUUUAUAACAAACGAUAACACUUAACUCCAUACAAUUUAAGGCUAGUUUAGUGGAUGCUUUGUUUUACACAUAAGAAUGUGUUACUGAGCAUCGGCCACAUUCUGGGUUCUCCUGUUCAUGGAAAUCAUGGAAUCAGAUUUGGAGUUAAGCAACUUAGGAAAAACUCCUGGGAAUAUCUGAGAAGCCACUGAAUAAUUCUUAAAUCCCUUUUGAGAUUCUAGGUGAUCCAGUGCUUAUGUAGUGGAGGGAAUGUUGUCAGAGAGCUAGGUUCUUCUCUCCCUGACCCCAGGGUCCUUAUGGUUGCAUUUUGUUCUCACAGUUGUUUCUUAAAUGAAUUCAGUAUGGUUUAUUGUGCCAGACAGCAGGGGACACAUGGCUUUCUUUAUACAAAUCUUAAUUUGGAAAUAAAAUCUUUCUGAACCGUCUCGGCAGAUUUUUUUAAAUAUCUCGUUAGCAGGUACUGGUUCACACACUAGUCUGAGAUAAACUUGGCAAAGGAGAAGAUUGGCCCUGCCCAGAUAUGGCACACCGCCUCCGCUGAUAAGACUGAUCUUUUAAGGGUGGAAGUGGAAGAAGGAAUAGCUGUUGAUACGCAACAAAGCUUGCUUUCCACACGUUGUAAACCCUGGUUUGUGUUUGUUUCUAUAAAGACUGUUUUUAGUGAGCCA